CAACAGAUGGGGUCGGAUUUACCAACAGCUGUUGCCGUUGUUGUUGCUCUUCGUGUUUUUUUACAUAACUUUUGUCCAGCUGUUUUUAUUUUGUUGUUUUUUUCCGCGUAUUUUUACACAAUAAUAAAUAUCCUUGCCACGUUCAGUGCUAAAGUUUAUAAAUUUUCUAAAAAUUAAUCACCUUUCCUUAACAUACUUACGAUUCCGUUGUUAUUAACGCCAUAUGUAAUAAUGGCUCGAGCAAGUUCUGACUUGUCAGCGGUAUUAAGAGGCCUGCAGUUGGUAAUAGAGGCAGCCUGCCGUGAACAACGCGAAUUGAGCAGACAUUUGUGGUCCAAUUCAAGCAUACGUGAAUUACUGGAAGAAAAUAUACGUCUAAGCUCGGAAUAUUUGAAAUCCACGGGUCAAAAUCCCAGUGAAGAAUUAAAGAAAAUUCAACAAUUUCUGCAAGAAACAAAAGAACGUUCGUGUGUUGUGGCCGAGGGCUUAAGACAGCUGACAGCAGCUAAGAUUUCUAACGAAUUUAAGAUGAGUCAGAUGCCUACAGCAUUUGGCACAGGUGGUGUGCAAGGGGGAGAUGCAGCAGCAAUGCAACAAGCAGAUCAGCAGCCAACCACAAAUUUCGCAAGAGAAACCAGUCAAACCUCAACGCCCUUUGCUAAAGGAGGCAAAGUUGAUGCAGCCAACUUGGAUAUAUCUUCCAUAACAUUAAAAGAAAUGGAAGAAAUUUUAUCCAGACGUCUACAAACGCGCAGGCGUGAAAUCAAUGAGAAAGCCAAACCAAUUGAGAAUAUCACAAAACCAGAAGCCGAAACCACCGCAUCUUCAGAUGCUGCAGUGCCGGAAGACAUGAAAGCUGACACAGAAUAUGUAAAGAAUGUUCUAUCCUUUGUGGCUGGGGCUCCAGCGGCAUCAACCAAAGCAACUACCUCAACAUCGUCUGAGUCACAAAUUGAGUUACCCUCACUGGCCAAUGUCUCGAAACAAAGAACAGUGCCCUCAAGUCGUUUGGGUAGAAUGGCAUCUUUUGGAGGACUUUUUGCCGGUUUGGGUAUUGGCACCAUAAAUGAAUUGACAAAGGGAGCCCUGGGAUUAGGUGGUUCCAAGAAUGUCAAGGAAGCUUUACUCAGUCCUGCCAAUGCCGAUCGGAUUGUAGACACCCUGUGCAAAGUUCGUGGAGCCGCAUUAAAAAUUGGUCAAAUUCUUUCCAUACAGGAUAGUAAUGUGGUUUCGCCUCAAUUGGCCAAGGCUUUUGAACGAGUGCGACAAUCGGCUGACUAUAUGCCUGAUUGGCAGGUGGAACGUGUUAUGAACACUGAGCUGGGACCACAAUGGCGCAACAGAUUUCAAAGUUUUGAAGAUAAGCCAUUUGCAGCAGCUUCCAUAGGUCAAGUACAUAGAGCUGUCUUAGAGAAUGGCAUGCAGGUGGCAGUGAAGAUACAAUAUCCAGGUGUGGCCAGAAGUAUUGAAAGUGAUAUUGAUAAUCUGGUGGGCAUGCUGAAGGUAUGGGAUGUAUUUCCCAAAGGUUUCUUCAUAGACAAUGUGGUUAAGGUAGCUAAACGAGAAUUGACCUGGGAGGUGGACUAUACACGUGAGGCUGAUUACACAGAGAAAUUUAAAGAAAUGAUAACCCCUUAUGGGGAAUAUUAUGCGCCCAGUGUUAUAAGGGAGACUACCACAAGCAGUGUAUUGACCACGGAAUUGGUGCCGGGAGUGCCAUUGGAUAAAUGUUUCGAAAUGAGCUAUGACCAUCGCCACCAUAUAGGCCAAUCAGUUUUGAAGUUAUGCCUUAGAGAACUAUUCGAGUUCCAAUGCAUGCAAACCGAUCCAAAUUGGUCCAAUUUCCUAUACGAUGCCCAGUCAAGACGUUUAAUGCUUAUUGAUUUUGGUUCUACGCGUUUCUAUCAGAAGGAAUUCAUUAGGAAUUAUCGAAAUAUAAUCAUAUCUGCGGUAAAUAACGAUAGGCAAGGUGUUUUAAAUAUCUCUCGAGAUAUGGGCUUCCUUACUUCGUAUGAAACCAAACAAAUGGAAGAGGCUCAUAUUGAUGCAGUUAUGAUUCUAGGUGAAAUGUUCCGUUAUGAGGGUGAUUUUGAUUUUGGGCGUCAGAAUACCACCGAACGCAUAGCACAUUUGGUACCCACAAUGGUGGCGCAUCGUCUAUGUCCGCCACCCGAAGAAAUCUAUUCAAUCCACCGCAAAUUGUCGGGCAUAUUUUUGUUAUGUUCUCGCCUUAACAUCAAAUUGAAAUGCCGUCCACUAUUCGACGAGAUAGUGGUGGGCAAAUACAAAGAAUAGAACAAACUACUUAACAAUUAAAAAUAAGAUUAAAGAUAUGAAUAGACAAUGUUGAAAUAAAAGCUCUCGGUAUUUUUGUUAUAUAUUUGUACAAA